UUCAAGGCUUUCCUGAAUAAGCUGUUGUGUGAAGGAACUGAAAGUUCUUUUCCUUUUUAAUUGUUCACUGCACCAUGUUUAGGCUGUUUCUGCUGCUCCCUGUGAUUUUGGCUGCUCUAAAGCAGGCAGCUUCACAGGGAAAUGGAUCUCUUUUCAUCUCUAAAGAAGAAGUCUUCAGGAGAGUGGUGGAUCUCCUAGUCCCAGGAGAAGACAUUUUGAGCGAGGCGGCUGUCACUUCUUUAAUACAUAUCUUAGGGAACCGUGUGCAGUGUUCUGAGGUGUCGUGUGAAGAGUGUUUCACAGCAGGUGACUUUUUUGAACUUGCCAAGAAGAAUAGGAGUGAAACCAAAUCACUGACAUUGUUUGACUUUUUCCAAAUUACUCCCGGAUUGCUACUUUUCCUGAGCAACCCACAGAAAGAAUGCAAGGUCAUACAGUCUGGAAUGUGGGACAAGGCAACACUGGCUUUCUCAGAGAGGCUAAUGACGAAAAUUAACAUCAGCCAAAUCCUUGACCCCACCCAUCACCAAGUAGAAGAGGUACUGGUGGCAAUACAGAAGAACUAUCUGACAGUGGCCAAAGGUCAGCCUUGCGUUGAUGUAAAUCAAAUCUUAGAAGAAUCUGGCCUUGGUCCAAAUGGAAUGUCAGAAGACAACCUCAAUCACUUUUCUGCCAUUGUGCUUUACCAUGUACUUCAAGGGGAUUGUAUACUCCAACAUUUAUUGCCUGGGCCCGAAUUCUUUCUUGAUUUUAUCUUUCACAUGUAUCACAAUGAAUCCGCAAACAUCACCAGAGCAGAACUUGAAGAGGUGAUGCAUGAAAUUGGUCUGGUUAAUCAUAAAAAUGAAGCUUCCAUGGCUCACGGUCAUGAACAAGACCAUGGGGAUGAGGACCAUGAAGAAAAUCACAAGAAUGAACACCGACUCAGACAGCUGAUAACCACAGGUCUGGAGAAGGAGGAAGCCAACAUGACUGCCAAUAGGUGGAACACGAAAUGCUUCAGCUCCAUUGAAAUAAUGACCAUCUAUCACAUUCCAAUUGAUGCCAUGAUUUCUCGUGGUGACUUUGUUCAGCUGAGUCCUGCAUUAAUCCAGCAACUCCUGAGUCAAGCCUGCACCAGAAAUCACCAAGUCACAGAUAAUAAUGAAUUUCAGCUGACCACUGCAGAAAAAUAUAUAUAUGGAUCGAUCGCAACAUUAGUUGUAAGUCUUUGUGCUGUGUUGGGGAUUGUGAUUCUGCUUUUUACCUCUUGUACCACUGCAUAUCAGCAUGUUAUACAAUUCUUCAUAAGUUUGGCUGUGGGCUCAUUAACUGGUGAUGCUGUGUUACAUCUCAUACCUUCGUUUCUUGGCUUACAUACUCACCAGGACAGUCAUGAUCACUUGCCAGCCUCUCACAACUGGAAGCUACUGGCUGUUAUUGGAGGCAUCUAUACCUUCUUCCUGUUGGAGAAGAUAUUCAAUAUAUUAAUAAAAGAUGAAGAUGAUGAACAAGAUGGCCAUCACUGUGAUCACGUGCUGGCUCUUCAGGCAUUUAAAGAAGGGCAAAAGAAUAAACAGAAGGAAAAGAAGACAACAUCCCAGGUGGAACUGACAGCUUCUGAAGCGUCCUUGGAAAGUGAUUCUGGUCACCAUCCCUCUAAAGGCUUGAGGGUGCUUCCAUAUAUGAUAGUGAUUGGCGAUGGUAUCCAUAACUUUGCAGAUGGACUGGCUCUAGGAGCAGCUUUCUCUGUCUCCUGGAAGACAGGACUUGCCACAACACUUGCAAUCUUAUGCCAUGAACUUCCACACGAAAUGGGUGAUUUUGCAGUUUUGUUGCACAGUGGCCUUUCUAUAAAGAAAGCUGUUAUUAUGAACUUUGUCAGUGCCUUGACUGCCUUUAUUGGACUCUACAUAUCAUUGGCUGUUGCAACCAAUGAGAUAGUACAGCAAUGGAUAUUUACUGUAGCGACAGGACUAUUCCUAUAUGUUGCCCUUGGAGAUAUGCUUCCAGAAUUGAUGCGAGCAAAGAGCAAAAACCCCUGGAUUUUAUUCCUUCUGCAAAAUAUGGGAUUACUUGUUGGCUGGGCAAUCCUACUCCUAUUGUCACUCUAUGAGGAUCAAAUCCAGUUCGGAUAGAGCAAAGAUUUUGGUUACUCUGAAAUGUACCUGUUGGGAUAAGUUGUGUACUUCUCUUUUUAAACUUCUUAAACCUUUUAAACUUCACGCAGCACAGUGGCCUGUGAUGUAAAGCUGUUAGUUGAGUGCAUUUAUUGAGCAAUAUUUCAUCAGCUAACUCAAUUUUUUUUCAAAAUGAGUUGUAAAGAUAAUUACAAGGCAGAGAUGCUGUCAUUUGUGGUGGAUAAAACAUCGACAACUUGAAGGAGCAAAUAAUUAAAUACUUAGAAAAAUAGGAAACGCCAAGAAGGAGAGGUGGUGAUGUAAUGGUAAUGUCACUGGACUAGUAAUCCAGAAACUCAGGUUAAUUUUCUGAGGACAUGGGUGCAAACCCCACCAAAACAAAUGGUGAAAUUUGAAUCAUAUUAAAAUCUGAGCUAAAAAGCUAGCCUAAUGGUGACCAUUUGUCACCGAUGGUUGUCAAAGAAACCCAUCUGGUUCAUUAACGUCCUCCAGGGAAGGAGAUCUGAUCUCCUUAUCUGAUCUAUAUGUGACUCCAGAUCCAUAGCAAUAUUGUUUACUUGCCCUCUGAGGCAAUUAUGGUUCGCAGUAAAUACUAGCCUAGCCUGCAAUGAACAAAUUUUUUAAAAGUCAGCAUGAUUUUGUAGGAUAUUAUAUAUAUCUGACAAAUCUAUUACAAUUCUUCAAAGUAAUAAAGUAAAGCUCAAUAGGCAUUCAGUAUUUCCAGUUUAGCAAAGCAUUUGCCAUUGUAAAUUUGCUGUGGUAUAGAAGAGAAGUGUAACUGUAUAAAGGUGAUGCAUUUUUAUAUGACUAGGGAUUAGUGCUUGAGUUAUCACAAUACACAACAUGCUAAUGUAAAUGAGUUUAUAAAUUAUUUUUAUAAAAGAUUUUAGAUUUGGAAACAAAGGUGCAUAUUUUUCUGGGGACAUUAAACAAAGAUGCUUGUUGGGAUUGCAAAUAUGGUAGACGGGUACAAAUACUAAGGAAGCAGUGCAGAUUGUCAUUUAAUACUGAUAAGUUGAUGAGAUUGGAGAAGUGAAUAACCAGUAAGAAUAUAAAUGAAUGGGUAAAAACAUCCAGAUGAUAUAGGGUUAAUGUGGAUAGCUGAUUGUAGCAUCAGAACAGCACAUGGCUUUUUGAAGAAGGCAACAGGACAAUAGGAUGCAUAGUUGAGGCUAUAUCUGUCUAUUCCUAAUUCUUUCUCAACAAAAAGAAAUAAUAAUUUGAAACUUCUCAUUUCCCAAUGCCUGAGAAAUCACUUUCACCAUAAGUGUCUGUGAAAAGGAUUUCAUGACAGUCACAAGCUGGAUAAAAACAGAAAAAUGAACAGUGUCAUCAAGUGUGGAGAGAAAAAAACAGGAAAUUGGCAGCAGGCAAUGAUGUUCAUCUGAAUAGCUAGUGUAGACACAAUAGGCUGAAUGGCCUCCUUCUGCACUAUAACGCUUCAGUGAUUCAAUGAAGGAAGAAUGUCACCACUUUCCUUCCUCAGCAGUUCAGACUGAUAGGAUAAAUAUUGGCUUUGUCUCUGAUUGUGAAUGAUAAGAAAUUUUCCUGUUUCAAGUGGCCACAAUCCAGACAAAAGACAGCAAUAAGAAUAAUGAAUGCUGAUGUGGAAAUGCAACAUUUGAGUCAUUGAAGUUGCUCUACUCAUUUUAGUCAUCGUACAGAGGAUGGAUACUUGGAUAUUUAAAACAAACUAUAUAGAAUCUGGAAAUUGUAGUUGGUUUGUAAUACAGAUUCCAGAAUCUGUAGUAAUUUGUGCCUGUAUAGAAUCUGGGUGUGUUUGAUGCUGGUACAUUGUAAAAAGCAUUAAUACUGACCUCAAAACUGAACUUGAUUGUUUAAUAAAAGUUGCAGGUUUAUGAGGUUUUCUUUAUUCAUCUCUGAAGAUAUGUAUGCCACUGAUCUCAUUGUUUGUAUCCACACUAGAAGAAGGAUGGGUAAAUAUCAUAGUUACUUUGUGAAAAACUUGGAAAUAUAUGUUUUAUAUAUGGCCAUUGUUAUUGCAUUGAUGUUACAACAAACGUCCCUUUCUUUUUGAAGCUAAUGUGAACUGAACUUUAAAAUUAUACAACAUGUAUUUAAAAACACAGCAUUUCUAACUUAAAUGUAUUCAAUGAGUAACUGAAGAACACCUACAAUUCCUGUACUUAAAAUAUAUCAUUUACAGUCUCCAAGCAUAUCCCAUUUGUCAUUACUGUAAAAAAGUGUUUUUAUGCAACUUCUGACAUACGGGGGUAUCUUUAACCUCGCUUGAUGAGUUGGAAAUCCACUGAAUCAGGUAAGAAUGCUGGUUUUAUACUCAGGUUUAAUUUUUAACCCUCCCUGCCAGUCAAUGUUACUUUUGCAAUUGCCCAAUUUUAUUCUUUGUUGAAAUCAACAGUUAAUAUUGGGUGGUUGCCAAACCGGCAUUCCAACUGAUCCCUGGAGUUUCACAUCACAUGGGUUUGCUUAAAAUUGUCCCCAAAUUUGUCAGCCUAAGAUCAGCGAGUAGCACUCUCUGCACUAAGUCAGAUGUUUGUGAGUUCAAAUCCUACGUGAGAUUUUUAUUUUCUCUGAAGGACAGGGUCAUACAUGGAACAAUUUUAUGAAGAGAAGUUGGUUAAGCGGUACAGGUUGGGGUGAGUAAAUCCUGCAACAGUAACAGUUCCAGCUGAGCCAGAAAAUUGUGUGUUCAUGACCUACUCCAAAGACUUGAAUUCAAAAUUAAGACUGAUGCACCAGCCAGUACUAGAGAAGAACUGCACUGUUGGGGAUGCUGUCUCUCCUCCCAGGUAGAUGUAAGAGACCCCUCACCACUAUUCCAAGAGCCAGGGGGCCAAUUAUAACCCUCAAACAUUUUAGCUUAAGAAAAUGUGAUCUGGUUAGUUGUCUCAGGUUGUGAGAUCUUGCUGUGCAUAAAUGUGGCUACUGUGUUUCUACAACAAUGAUGAUGCUUCACAGGCUGUGAAGUGCUUUGGGAAUCCAUGUGGCCAUAAAAGGUUUCAUCUAAAUGCAAAUGUCUUUACUUCUUGCCAAUACAUCUUAAUGGGAAAAACUGAUCUCUAAAAGCAGGCUGUGGUAUGUUUGAACAAUUUUUUACUUUGAUAGGCUUUUUCUAAGUGUGCACUAGUUUCGCUCUGGUAAUGGUUAGGAGAAACAAAUGAAGGGAAAAAGUAAGCCAUAUAACCCUUGAGGUGUGCUGUCACUUUGUGUAAUGUGACUUCACAAAUAGCAUCGGUGGUUAAAAAAAGUUCAGUUUUCCCAAAUAUCAAGGGUAAAGGGGGAUCACCAACUUACCAGUGGACAAUCAUUACACGUUACUACCUGAUCAACUAUUUGGAUUUCCUAUCAUGGGCAGCAAGAUAUAAGAGAGGCCACCCACACAUUAUCUAACUUGGCUCUGAAAACUAGUCACUAAUGAGAAAAACAGACGGACAGUGCAGGGCUCCAAAUAGUCAAAAAGGCAUUCAAAAAAACCACUCCACACAAAUGCUGUAUGUAAACUCCCAUCAAUUAAUUAUUUAAGUUGACUACCUUUGCACUCAAAUGCUAUGAUAGGUAAUGUUAUUUCCACAGGUUGUUAAUCUCUAUCAUUUUGGAGGAAAGAAUUGGUGGAUGUGACAGAGAAACAUUUCAAUAAUCAUAUAAUUUUUUAAUUUUAUGUAUAAUGUUAAUUUAUUUUUGUUACUUACUUGGUUGGUCACUAUAAAGAGGCAGUGUUUACUUUCUGAGGGCUGCCAUAUUGUCUGUCUACUACAAUACUACUAAAUUAAAGAAAUAAACUGAAA